AUGAAACAAAGGACACGUCUUCUACAAAACGGCGAUGAUAUUUUAACCAAUAUGAACAUGGAGAACGACAUUCAUUUCAAUGGACACAUACAGCUACACAGAAUAAAGCCACAGGAUCAUUUCAUUGAAGCACAAGUUCAGGAGGGAGACACUCUACAAGCGAUUGCUCUUCGAUUUCAUUGUUCUAUUUCAGAAUUAAAAAGAAUCAAUCAAAUACACAAAGAUAAUGAAAUAUAUGCAAGGAGAACAAUUAAGGUCCCCGUUACGCCAUAUUCUGUUCUUACUGAAUUAAUACCAACUAUAAAACCAGAAGUUCCAAAACCAUCAACAUCUAUACAUGCUCCCACUACAUUGACUAUGGAGAAUUUAAUGGAAAAUCCUGUACAAAAUAAAAUUGUUCAGAAGGUAGACAAUGAAGUGAAGGAUGAUUUUGAGAUAGAUUGCAAUGCUGUUGUAUUGAACAGUACGCUUGCACCUUCUGUGAUUCCAUAUACAGAUACUGAACCAAAUGAAACAGUGUCUGAAGACACACAGCUGUUACCAAAUAAAGAUAGGGUAUCCGUCGAGGCUGUGGUAGUUAAGCAAUUGACAUCACAAGGAGCCGAUUUUGGCCUAAAAUGGUUCCACCUUGUGUGUUUUGUACUAGUUCUGGGUGUGAUUGCACCUAUAGUAUAUGUGCUGUUCUAUUUAGACAAACAUGAACAUUCAGAUAUACCACCGUUACAUCCUACAUGA